ACAACCUAGCCUUUCUUCAACAUGUCUACUAUUCAAAUAAUUGCCGGUUCAAAUGCCAAGGCCCCUGCCGGUACCAUUCCUGCCUCUGCCGAACAUGAUGUCAAGCUAUUCCAGCCCAUCACUCAGAAAUCAAUUACUACUCACAACCGUGUUGUUGUAUCUCCCAUGUGCAUGUAUUCAGCCGAAAACGGAUCUCUUACUGAUUUUCAUCUCGCUCAUUAUGGUGCCUGGGCUAUUCGUGGUGUUGGAAUAAUCAUUAUUGAAGCAACAGCCGUUGUUCCUGAAGGACGUAUUUCACCCGGAGAUUCUGGCUUGUGGAAUGAUGAACAGAUCGAACCCGUGAAGCGUAUAGCUGCUCUUCUCAAGUCCCAAGGAACUGUACCAGCUAUGGAGAUUUCACACGCCGGCCGCAAGGCAUCCACAGCACCCCCCUUCCUAGGAAACUACACUGUAUCCAAAGAAGACGGCGGCUGGCCAGAUAAUGUUUAUGGUCCAAGUGAUGUCAAGUUCGCCGAUCACUAUCCUCAGCCCAUACCAUUAACUGUAGAGGGUAUCAAGCACAGUGUAAAGACCUGGGUUGAUGCAGCCAUUCGUGCUGAUAAAGCUGGUAUUGAAAUCCUUGAGAUUCAUGCUGCUCAUGGAUAUUUGCUGCACAACUUCUUGUCUGGUAACUCCAAUAAGCGUACUGACAAUUAUGGUGGAUCUCUCGAGAAUCGUAUGAGGUUCCCAUUGGAGGUCGUUAGUGCCGUUCGUGCUGUUUGGCCAGAGCACAAACCGCUUUGGGUUCGCAUUUCUGCAUCCGAUUUUGCUAAUCCCGAAGCCAUGGGAGAAGACAAGCAGGGAUGGGAUAUCUAUCAGUCGAUUGUUUUCUCCAAAGAAUUAAAGAAACUUGGAGUCGACGUUAUUGAUGUUUCUAGUGGAGGAAACAUAUCUUACGCCAAGUACCCACCUCCAUCCAUGUUCCAAGUCCCAUUUUCUGAGGCCAUUCGAACAAAGGUUGGGAUCCCAACCGCUUCUGUUGGUAACAUUCGUACAGGAAAAGACGCCGAGUCUAUUCUGAAGGAGGAGAAGGCCGACUACGUUGUGAUUGGACGCGAGCAUCUUCGCCGGGUAGCCUGGGUAACUGAUGCUGGUACCGAACUUGGUGUUGAGGUAUCUCUUCCAAAACAAUAUGGAUGGGCUAUUCGUAGAGGCCGUCGCACAAACACAACCAAGACUGAAGAGUAAAAAAAAUAUACGCACACAUUAAUACACAUAGACAUUUUGAAUUUUUGACGCUCUUAAAUACCAAUAGAGGGGUGAUGAUUGUUUUGUUUCUUUUACAUAUAAAAAAAAACAAUAUUUUAAUAAACAUAUUAUUCUUACCAUUU